AUGAAUACGGUGCCACAACGUACACGCGUCAUUCAGCUGUACAGACAGAUCUUGAAGGUGGCAAAGAACUGGAAAGCGAAGGAAGAACCGAACACCAUCUCUGAACGACAACAGAUAAUUGCAGAAGCCAGAGAAGCUUUCCGUGAACACAAAAAGGAGACGGAUCCACUCGUUAUUGGCAAGCUCAUCUACAAAGCAGAGCAGCGUAUCGUCCAGGCAGAACAUUAUGGAAUACCACACGCAAGACCAGAAUACCUUCCGCCUGAUACCGCUUAUUCGGUCCGCACUAAAACCCAAAACUUCCAGAAGAUGUCAAGAAAGCGAAAAACUGAACGAGACGGUCCAAUUCGGCGAGACCAAUGA